AUGAUUAACGAAGAGCGAGACAUAUUGGUGGACAUUUCCGAUGAUGAUCUGCCAAAACUUUUGGAAAUGUAUGAUAAACAUAAAGAUUGGGCACCAACCGCGUACAGUACAAUAUUAACAGGCAUUGAAUGGAAAAGGAAGAGUAAAGAAAAGUACACGACAUUUAUGUCACCUCAUAGCUGCUGGCGAGAAGAUGGCACAUUUUUUGUUCUAGUUACGUGCCAUUGCUUCGAUAUAUUCAUUUUUUCCUUAGACGACACUGGCAAAAAUAUUUACGAAGGUAUCCUGAAGACUAGAAGAUUUAAUCCUGGAGAAUUCAAAGACAGGGAUUCUUGGUUUUAUAUGGUACAUAAUAAGUUUUAUCCGAUUGUUUCAAAGGCUAUUAAAGACAAAGGAUGGACUUCAACCGCAGAUAUUCAUUAUGAUAUGUACAGUAUUCCUAGGGAACAGGCUUUGAAGUUUGAUACAGA